AAUCUCCUCCGUCACUGACCGCGAAUUGCGGCGCGAAUUGAGGGAGUAAUACACAGUGGUAGCAGCAGCAUUUUGGAUGGGUUGCAGCGGGUCAAAGCCGGCGGUCGACACAGAGCUGGUGAUCCGCUGCCGAGAGCGCAGAGAUUUCAUCAAGGCCGCAGCCGGCUACAGGUACGACCUCGCCGCCGCGCACGUCUCCUACUUUCGCUCCCUCAAGGAGGUGGGGGACGCGCUCCGCCGCUUCGUCGACGAGGAACUUGCUGCCGCGGCCUCUUCUUCUUCUCCUUCUUGCCCGUCUUCCCUAUCCUCUCCCUCAUGGGUUGUUCAUUCUGAUGGAGCCGCUGCAAAAGAGCUGUCCUGUUCCUCGAGCCCUAAUCACCGUGACUUCAAUGGGUGCGGAAAGGACUCGCAUUUGCAUUUAUCAUCUGAUUCCUCCGAUGAGGAGCAUUUGAAUUCGAACCAUUUUCAUGAAACAAGUGGUCGCGGCUUGCACGGGGAUGAAGAUGAAGGGCACUCUUGGCCGGCUUCUCCUUUCUUGCAUCCAGAUUUGCCAAUGGAAACUCAGGGGCCUUACAUUGUAAUGAAUCAAGAGGCCCCUCCACAGAUGGGAUUUUGGGAUCCUUUCUAUACCUUCCAUGCCCAAUCCAAUUCGCAGUUUCGGGCCUACAAUGGUGGUAAUUCCGAUACACAUACUUAUUACAUGAAGAGACAUACCCCUGAGGUGAGAACUGUAAUUCAUGAGGCUGGAGCUGCUUCGACUGGUUAUUCCAAUGAGUAUUGGAGCUCCCGUUAUCAGAAUGGAGAGGAUUUCUUUGGAUAUCCGCCUGUAGGUCCAUCUGAGGGUGAAAAGAAUGGGAAUCAGGCUAAGAAGCCCAGCCCUCCAGAGGAUGUCCCACCGCCUCCUUCUUCAACGACCUCCGUUUGGGACUUUCUGAAUCCGUUUGAUGGAAUUGACCAAGGGAUCUCGAGUUACAUGGGUUAUGGAAGCCAUGCAUAUGGGUCAGCUAAUUGUAGCCCGGAUUCGGCUGAAGUGAGGAGGAGGGAGGGGAUUCCUGAUUUGGAGGAUGAAACAGAAAUCGAGAUGCACGUGGAUGAACCUAUGGUGAAGAAGAUGAGUAAUGAUUCCAAGAAAAAGAGGGCAGGAGAGGGGACUUCAGGUACCCGUGGAAAGUCCCUGCAAAGGCGCAGCGCUGGGGUAGAGCAAUCAAUGAAAAGAAUGUCUCGUAGGAAACCAACUGUGUCAUCCAAAUACGCGGAAGAAUACCUUGCUAAAAAGCCAAUGCCCACUAAAUCUGGUAAGGGUUCUCCGGUUGCAAGAGGAUCACCAUUGCAAGACAGUUCUGGCAGCAGCCCCAAACCACAUUCAUCAGGAAAUGAAGAGUGCUCUAUCUGUGAUGUUACAGGUUCAACUGAUGUAUCAGAGGAGAAGGCCAGUUCUGACCCCAUUGUAUCAAAGAGUCCUGGAGAUGGAAAUGUUAAGACAAAAGGAGUGACUUUUGAGGUAGAUCGUGAAUUUGUAUCUUCAAAGUUAAGUAAUUUGGAUGAUACUGCUUCACGUGGAACAAGAGAUCUUCGAGAGGUUGUGGCUGAAAUCAGAGAUGGAUUUGAGAUUGCUUCAAGUUGUGGGAGGGACAUAGAUGUGAUGCUUGAGGUUGGAAAGCUGCCUUACCACCCUACAUUCAUUCGAGUGCUCAUGUCCAGGAUUUUGCACUCGAUGGCUCCUUUCUUUUCAACUCUGCACGCAACAUCAACGCCUGCAGUGCAAAUAAAUUCUAAAUUAGCAAAAUCCUAUAUUGGGGAUGAUGUCCCAGAGGCUAAUUUGAAGCAAUGCUACCUCUCAUCUACAUUGGCCCAAUUAUAUGAGUGGGAGAAAAAACUUUACAAAGAAGUCAAGACAGAAGAACAAUUGCGACUGGUUUAUGAGCGACAGUGCCGGAAGCUAAAAGCUUUGGACCUGCGAGGAAUAGAGUCGAGUAAGAUUGAUGCUGUUCAGGCUUCAAUUAGAAAAUCUCGUACAAAACUCAAGGUUUCUAUCAAAGCAAUUGAUUUCAUUUCAAGUAGGAUACACAACUUAAGGGAUGAAGAGUUACUACCCCAAGUUGCAGAAUUAGUUAAUGGCUUGACAAGGAUGUGGAAAUCCAUGCUUAGUUGCCACCAAAAGCAAUUUCAAGCAAUUAAGGAGAGCAAAGUUCGUGCUCUGAAGGCAAAGACUGGGUUCGAUUCAGAUUCUGCAUUGGAAGCCACUCUUGAACUCGAGUUGCAGCUUCUUGCAUGGUGCAACCGCUUUAGCAAUUGGAUCUGCACCCAGAAGUCCUAUGUUGAGUCCUUAAACGGGUGGCUUCUCCGGUGCCUUCUCUAUGAGCCAGAAGAAACCCCUGAUGGGCCCAUCCCCUUCUCCCCAGGGCGUCUUCAGGCACCUCCGAUUUUCAUAAUCUGCAACGACUGGAAUCUGGCAAUGGAAACCAUAUCUGAAACAAGGGUGGCCAUGGCCAUGAACAGCUUCGCUUCAAGCUUGCGCAAACUGUGCGAAAGACACGAUGAUGAACAGCACCAGAGGCUUAGAUCAGAGUACCUCUUGAAAGAUUACAAGAAGAUACUCAAAAUGCGCAAGAUGGAGAAUGAACGAAUGGGACACGACCGUGAAGAUAAGAAUGAGGACUCCGUGGUUCAAUCUGAAAGCGCGGGCUCACAACUGGAUAACCCAGAAGCCGACCACGACUUGGAAACGGUCCGAAAGAAGUUGGCAGAAGAGAAGGCAAAACACAAGAACAGCUUAAAGCUGGUUCAUGACGCGGCCUCAAGUAGCAUACAAGGAGGGUUGCUUCCGAUUUUCAAAGCAUUGGAGAGUUUCACAUCAGAAGCCGUGAAAGCGCACGAGCAAGUCAGUGAGCUAACAAGAGAGUGGAAUUUGGAAUGGCUGAUGAUCAUCUGUCUGCUACAAUGCUGCAUAGGGGAGAGAAGUACAGAUUGGAUAGAUACGUCACUAUACCUUGCUAUCGUGGUUUGUGAUAGUUGCCGCUAGGAUACGUUAGAUCUGUCGUCACUGUCACGAAUUAGAUCAGGUCAACGUGGUUGUGACUAGUUGAGGGGAUAAGUACUACCGAUGGAAAGUAAUGACCAUCAAUAGAAGUGAAUGGUAACGAUUAUUAGCAACGAAGACGGAGAGUAACGAUCAAUAAGGAAAAUGAAUAAAAGGGCCAAUAAUGAAUACAAACUUUAACGGUGGGCGAAAUCAUCGUUUUGCAGUAAACAGUAAUAACAUCGUAAUGAAUACUGUCGGACAGU